AUGAUGAAGGUAGAACUUACAGAUAAAAAAUCAAUUUUAACGAGGUAAGAUAAUGGAAAUCCAUUUUAAACUUUAGGCAAAGAAUAAAUUCCUUCGUUUUAUGGGAAAAAAUAGAAGAAAGAAUUGGACCUAUCAAGUGAGAUUGAUAAAAUACUUGGUGGAGUAAAGACGGCUAGAACAGGAAUUAAUUUUGUUAGGCAAGAUAGUAAUCAAUUAAAAAGAAAUAAUUCUUUUGAGAAUUAAACAAAUUUUCCCUAAAUUAAAAUGUAAAGUACUUCACCAAAAAGAGAAAAUUCUCAUCAUUUAGUGAGCGCAGAAAAAGGAGUCGUUUAUAAAUUUAAAUAAAAAGAUUUAAGUCCUAAAUCUAAAAAAAUAACAAUUGAGAAAUCAUAGUAGAACAUGAUAUAAGAUGAAUAGUAAGAAGAAAGAUUUCAAUAACAAACCAAAUAGAAAAAGCAGUAAACUGAUAAUAAUCAAAAUUCUGAGAUGAUUAAACGUGUGACAAACUUAAGCAACGUUAUUUAUAUCCUAGGAAACUACUCUAAUAAUCUAUUAGAAAUAUUAGAACACCAUGAUGAUAAAGAAAAAUACACUUUAGAGCUUAUAAAAAAAAUGAAAUCAAAAGAAUUUCUUUCUUCUUAAAAAGAGAGAGUUGUAAACAUUAAAAGGCUAUACGAAAGGUUUUUUAUUGAAACCUUAAUAAAGGAUGGACCUAGUAAAGAAGUUAAUAAAGAAAUUGCUUAAAUUAUAGGACAGGAAAUUUAAACCAUCAUAGAGUAUUACGAUUAGUAUAUCAACAAUUAAGAAGAGUAGUUGAAAAAAUUUAAUACCUUCCAAGACAAAGAAAUUAUUUUGAUAACUGAUUUUUAGGAGGCUCUUAAAGUCUUGAUGGAUACAUACAAUUAUUAUUUCAAAGAAUUAGAAGUUUUUGGUAAAAGUAAGCAAGACUAUAAUGUUUAUAUAAAAUCUUUAUACUAAUUUAAAAGUAUUUUAAAAACUGACCCAAGAAAUGAUAAAGUUUGUAAGCUGUUUGAAGAUUUAGAGGAUCUCUUAAAAAGUAACUACGAAAAAAUUGAUAAUGCACUCAUUAAGAUUGGAAAACUAAAUAAAGAAAAUGAAGAAUUGACUAAAAUAUGUUAAGACUUACAAGAACAAAGGAGCCAAUUUUUGCAUAAAAUGCUCACAAUACAGACCGAUAAGUAGGGAGCAGAAAGUAAUGAGCAGGAUCAGAAACGAAACUCAAUUAGCUCUUAAAAUUCUAAUAUAAGGAUAUUAGAAGACUAUUACACUUAAACAAUUGAGAAUUUAAAAUAAGAAAAUAAAAGAUUGAAUGAAUAAAUACAAAAACAAAGCAAGAAGAUUCAGUUAUACAACAACAUGUUUAAAGAUAACAAUAAUAAUGCUUCUUAGAAUGUAAAUAAUGGCAUGCUUAAUUCAGCCAAUUUAAACUAAAAAGAUAAAAUAGAAAUGGGAACUAAUGCACAUAAUAAUAGUGGGGUUUUAAAUAAGAAUAAUUAAUAGGAUGAUAUAAAAAAUAAGAUUAAGCAGUAUUAUACAGCAGACAAACAAAUUUAAUGCACAUUCGUUGUUGAAAAGAAUCCAGUUUUAAAAAAAGAAAAUGACAUAACACAUAUUAUUAUUUAGCCUAUUAUAUAUCUGAAAAGUGCUACUGUGUAGUCUAAAGAGUGGACUUUAAUGGUUACAAAUGCUGUUUUUUCAGAUAAGUUUUUAUCUGAUAUCAUGGAUGAAAACGACCUACGUCCCUGCAUACCAAUGAAUAUUUAUGUUUGUGAGUGGUUUCUAAAAAAAUUUGGAAACAAAGAUGUUGCAGAAUCACUCAUGAAAGAUUAUCUUAUUAGCUUAAAAAAGUAUGGGAAAUAGAAUGAAAGAUUUAAGAUAUUUUGUGAAAUAUGCGGGUUAGAUGAGCUAUUAGAAUAAGACUAAGAUAACACUUCUUAUCUCUACAACAAUACAGCUUAUGCAGUUUAAAUAGGUAUAAAUAGAUAGAGAUUUAAAAAGACAUACAUGAGAACUUAAGAAACUGUUACAAUCCUAUAGAAGAUAGCUUAUUUAGUAAGAAUGACUAACAAAAAUUACUAUGGUUAAAAUUAGUACUUGCCUUUAUAUCCUAAUAUUUUACAGAGGUGCUUGGACUUAGUUUCAAACGACUACAGUCUUAGAAUAUGGGAAACAAUAGCUCAAGAAGAAAAUUUAUAUAAAUUAGAUCUCUCUGCUUUAGAGAGCAAAUUUAAAAGGAUAGUACAGCAAGAUGUGAUUCAAAGGACAAACGAUCCUUUAGGAGUGUAUACAGGAACAUAACAAGAGUAAGAAGACUCUUAUAUUCGGUUCGAUACUUUGUGUAGAUGCAUAUUAGAAACUAUGGUUGACUAAAGAUUCUUUGAGCUAGAAGGAGUAUACUCUUCCUUAAAAUUGAAAUCUAAUCCAAGAUUUGAAUGUCUAAUUGGGUUUUAAGAUUUUACCAAAAUAGUAAGUAAAGUGCUGCCUAAAAAAAGCAGUCGUUGGUUAGAAGUUACAUACAGAGAAUUUUGUUAAGGAGUAACAACCGAAAAAACACCUCUCAAUGUAGCAGUUAUGAGAUUAAUACCUUUUCUGGUUAACGAUGACUGCAUCAAAUAAAAUUUUUUAAAGAUAAAAGCUCCUAAAGCAAUAUAAGAGCUAGUAAGUAGAACAGAUAAGUUUGAAAUGACUGAUGAUUCUAAAAAAGAUGAUAGUAAAGGUAAGUAAAAAUCAAUAACUUCAAUGAAUACAGUUAAAAAUCCAAGUAAAACUGGAAAUUCUAUUAUGGGAAAUAUUUUAAAUAAAAAUGGUUAGUAAUCGAGCUCAAAAACAGCAAACAGUACUUCUAACAAUAAUAAUAAUAAUAAUAAUAACAGUAAUUCAACUACAGUAUUUGAUCCAUAAAUUGAGUAGUAAAAAUUCAAAGAAAGGCUCACUUCUCUUUAUGACACUGUUAGUUAAUUAGGGUUAUUAGAGGAAACAUAUAAAAUGAUGUACCCAUUAAUUAAAUAGCUUGAGAAAAAAAAUUAGAGUUUAUUGGCUUUGCAUACCAACAUAAAAGAAGACUUCCUUACCCUUCCUGGAUCAGUUGUAAAAUAAAUUAAAUAUGAAUAAUUCGAGGAAAAAACUAAAGAAGACAUGAUAUUUGCUAUUGAAUCUUCUUGGGAAAAAUUUAGAAAGAUAUUAGCCUUUAUUACAAAAUGA